CUAGCUGCAGCCUGUGCAGGUUGCAAGUACUGGCAAUGGCGCCUGUGCUCGCUUCCUUCAAUUGGAGGCCCCAAGUGUCAAACUCUUUGGGAAUUCAGCUCAUGACGAGCCUCAAUUCUGCAAGAAACUGGUUGUCAUGCUUCCAGGAGAGCUCUCCGCAGAGGUUGAGGGAGUUCUGGGGCUGUCGGUGUUAGGAGCCUUGAAAUCUUUCGAAGUGUGUACUUAGAGAGUGAUAAUGGGGGAGCAGGAGGGGGACCCCGUGUUGUACAUAUUGCUCCAGGACUCAAAUGGCAGCACUUCUUCCAAGUCUGGCCCCCAGUAUGCCCGCCCCAUGCUACAGAUGGUGUUGACGCUGAUGGGCGUGAAAGUGCGCUAUGCACACAAGAUCACACAGCGUUUAUUUAAGUUGCUCGAUACUGCAGGGGAAUGGCCAAAGCAUGGAGGAGAAAGCCAGUGGACAGAGAGUGGAGCCAAUUGCAAUGUGCAGAUUGCCCCACAGAGAAACAGCGAGUCGCAUUCACCAAGCAAAAGACCGCAUCCGUUCUUAAGAAGGGAAGACCAAGGUCAGGACAAAGCCGGUGCCAUAGCAAAUGGCCAUGUCUUGAGGGUUCGAACCCUUGAUAGCGAACGUGAGGGGCAAUUGGCGGGGUUCAACGGUUUGGGGGCAGUGCAGAAAGUCGACUAUCUUGCGAAGGUCUCUACCGUUGAGCAGUUGCGAACGCCCAGCUUCCAUGCGCGUCUUCGGAAAGGGAAGUGGCUCGCGGGCGUUCCUGGACCAGACGCGGACGAGAACAACGGGGCCCCAGAGACUGAAGCGGUCGGGGAGAGUGAACAAAACGGGGACACACACGCGAAGCACAAGGUCUACUUUGAGGGGCUACCUUCAGAACCCGCCUCGUCCCGAAGCUCCCCCCCGCCAGAGGCCCCAGGGGAGCCGACUGAGGGGGAUCCCUCUCCCUCCUGGACGGUGCUCCGGCGCGAGGGGCCCACAAUUUGGAUGCGGCGGGCCGACUUUGAGGUGGCGGUCUGUUCGCUGCUGCGCCAGUUUGGAUACACCAAUGCUACACAGCGCCAGGACUUCCAGCUAGCUUGCAGGUUGCGCGAGCGGCGCACGAGCAUGACGGUGCUCCUGUGCGGCACGAGCGGGUGCGGCAAGUCCACGCUCGCCGCACUUCUCGCCAGCCGCCUCGGAAUAACCACCGUUGUUUCCACCGACUCUAUCCGCCACAUGAUGCGCAGCUUCGUUUCCCAGGAGCAGAGUCCGCUCCUCUGGGCUUCAACGUACCACGCGGGGGAGUGCCUCGACCCCGCUCUAGUUGUCCGUACGAGCAGCGGCAAAGGGCUUCAGCGCAUGAGCAGUGUCGAGGGGGAAAAGGAGGACGAGGGGGGGUUAGGCGUGACGCAGCGCCAGAUGACGAUCAAGGGGUAUAAGGCGCAGAGCGAGAUGGUUAUGGAAAACCUGGACCGGUUGAUCAGCUCGUAUGAGGCGCGGGGGGAAAGCCUCGUUAUCGAAGGCGUGCAUUUGAGCUUGAACUUUGUGAUGGGGCUCAUGGCGCGGCACGCGAGCAUCGUGCCGUUUCUGGUGUACAUCAGCAACGAGGCGAAGCAUUUGGAGCGCAUGGCGGUGCGCGCGAAGUACAUGACGCUCGAUCCGCGGCGGAACAAGUACGUGAAGUACAUGCGGAACAUACGGGCGAUCCAGGACUAUCUGCGGAAGCGCGCGGACAAGCACCUCGUGCCGAAGGUUAAUAACACGAACGUGGACAGGAGCGUUGCGGCGAUCCAUGCUACGGUGUUUAGCUCCGUCCGCCGCCGCGAGGCGGGCGAGCCGCUCCUGGACGCGGCAACAAACACGGCGCGCGUCGUUUUCUCGGAGUACGAGGCCGCAGUCGCGCAGUACUCGACCGUCGGCUCCAAGGGCAUGCUGCGCCUGAUCCGCCGCAAAGGCUCUUCCCGCAGCCUGCUCGCCGCGUUGCACGAGGACAACCCUCUUCCGCCAACGAGUCACCAGUCACCCGGGCCCUCCGUCCCGACCGAGUGGCCCGGUAGCACCUCCUGGGGGGCGGGCGGAGACGCAUUUGUCGACGUUCCGCAAGGAUCCGGGCGGAUUGGGAGCGCCGGAAGCAGCCUCGGCAGGAGCGUGGAACGCGCGUUGAUGUAUGGGCUGGAGAACCGGGGGCGGGUCGGGGAGUCGGAGGACGACGACGAGGGGGGGGAGGAAGAGGAGGAGCGCAGCGGGGGGGGGGAGGGAGCUGAGCGACGAGCCAGCGGAGCAGGGGGGGGAGCCGGAGGAAGGGACACGUGGGUAGCGGGGAAAGAGGGGGGAAGAACGCGGGGCAGAUUGACGACGUUAGCGGAGGGGGCGAGACUUGGAGGGUCGGCGCUCGGGGGAAAAGAAGCGCUCGGGGGAGAGUGGGGCAGGGUGAGGUCGCGUCCUGUGGCGGUCCCCGGGGGGGAGGCGGAAGUUGGGCUGGGGCAGCGGCACGGGCGGUCGCCAAGAAAAUGGCGCAGGUCGCAUUCGGCGUUUGCGCAGGAGAGCCGGGGAACUUGGGCGAACUCGGACGAGGGGAGUGCCGGCAGCAGCCCAGCGGGGCACGCUGCGUAACUUGGCCGGAGUUUGCUCGGAGUGUAGUACUUUUUUUGUAGCAUAUUUGCGAUACAAAGCUUUGAAAUGCAAUAGAACCGACUCUAUCAAAAGGGUCCCCGUGAUUGACACUUGUUUGGUAAAUCGAGCACGUACAGUUGGAGGGCGAGGGGGUCUGAGGGGUUACCAUAGAAAUCGAGCUCGCACAGAAGUCGGACGGACUAAGAACAUGAUAGAACGAGCUCGCAUAGAGACAGUCAAUGAGGCAGGCACAGGGGAAGCAGCAAUGCAAGGCGCAGAUGGCUUUGGGCUCACUUGGUCAACUGCACGGCACCAGGCGGCUUGAUCUAAUCAGGUUCGAAAGAAUCGCAACAAUGUCUGAGCAAUACUUGAAAGAGUUGUUAUGGUGGUCGGAUGUCAGAGGAACCCAAAUAAACUGCAACGUACACCCUAAGAAGAGUCAUCUGUCCUUGUGGUUAGAUGUCGAAGAAAGAUUUGCAAGUCUUUGGCCAGAAACGCGAACUGGAAUUACAGUUGCCGGCCGCUCUAAGUUCAUACAAUUGCAAUCAUGCAGUCCUGACAA